AUGAACAAUAUUGAUGAGGAUGAAGUCUUGCUCGAAGAGGAAGAGGUAUGGGAAGGGUUGAUCGACAGCAAGAGGGGAAAGACAGCCCAGCAGCACGUAAUUAAUGAACACCCAACUUACCUUCUCCCAGCCAUUAUUGACACGUGCCCGGGAUCGUACUGGCGGGCUGAAGGAGAUGAGGCUUGGCUAGGUGUGAGUUUCCAGAGGAAUGCAGACUUGGUGCGUGAACGGCACAGCGAUCUCGAGGAGAUGCGUGGUCCUACUAGACCGGUACUUGUCAUUUGCAGGACGGGACUGGUGGUUGGGGGGGGAGGUGACAACUUGACAGGGAGAGUCAAGGAUCGGUUGAGGCACGUUGCCAUGCUCCAAAAGCCGCUGGGCGAGCCAGACUGGCGGGUCGCCAUGCCCAGGGACAGCGAGUCGGCUCCCUUGAUCCAAGCACCACUCUCCAAAUAUAAAAGCAGCGUCGAGCCCAAUGCCGAGACGCAGCAGGACCUGAAACGCCGACCAGCCCGCGUUGCGUUGCUUGAGUUCAAGUACGGAUACGGAGUAAUGACGCAUGCAAAUCUCAUUCAUGGAUCCCUUUGCGUGAUGGCAUCGAGCAACACGACUCAGAUGCGGUCGACGUGUGGUGCUUUGGAAGCGAAUAAGAAGCCUCCCCCUUGCUACCGUACAUCUGGCCAUGCUGCCGAAGCAGGCCGAGGUGAAGAUAUCUGGAUCCAGCCCGGUGUACCCCAGUGUACCCCCAAGCACCGCAACCCAGAUGGUUACGAUAUACCAUCAGCUUAUCGCCAUAUCCCGCGGCGAGUGGGCAUGGUGAUAUUAGAGGACAACCUUGGAAGCGAGCCUGCAAGUCGGCCUCGUCGCACAAAAUCUGCCGCCGCACAUGCAAGGCUCAUCAAGCGGACGGGUGCACGCGGCCAGGUCAUUUGUCGUUCUUUCUUUUUCUCACCGUUCCCUUGGGCUCGUUCGCCAGUGCCACGUCAGAAUGAGGACAAGACUCCCGUCCUCCGAGCCCAUGUACCGGUACAUGUCCUUAUGAACAACUCUUCGUCCAGUCGCAAUCUGGUGCGCAGCAUAUAUGCAAGGAGUUCAGAUGACUGCCCUUCAGCACUUGAGCCGAGACACAUCCAAGGCCAAAGAAACCAAACCUUCCUUCGGCUCUUCAUGAUCCGGGGGCGAGCAAUGAUCGUGGUUAGCAGAUUUGCAAAGAGCGGUGGACAGUGUUACCAACUUGCGGCUAUUCACUCCAUCCUUCAACUUCAGCUCGCGAUCUCGCUUUUAGGAGAAGACAGAACGGCCGGCAAUCCACAGCCGUUGCCAUUUGGAAGAAGCCGUGGGACCCCUGUCGUAGCAAGGUCCGGUUUGAAGGUUUCUUCCGUCAUUGUAAUAACAAAAAUACCCGGCGGAUGUCAAGGCAAGCGAAGGACGACUGCGCUAGAAACCGAGGACCUACAGAUUACCAAUGGGGCAGUUGAAAAGCAUCUGCUGGAGCUGCAUGCCUGUGGAGUUCUUCCUUCCGUAACACGGCAUGAAGACUGCAUCAUGUUUGUUUGGUCUAAUUGCUUUGGAUGCGCUCCACUCGUAUUCCCCAAAUUCUUGAUGAAAUCCCCAUUGAAAGGUAAUCGAAGAGACUUUUGGCCGAGUUCUCUAUAUCCGCCAGGUCUCCCUUCCAGGAUUUCCCCCACCCGUGCUCGUCGGAAACUCUUCCGAGCUGAUCCACACCCGUAUCAUCAGGCCAACAUCCAUCAGUCCAUCCAUCACGACGAAACCUACUACGCGUCCAGUGCAGCUCAAUUAAACCCAAAAUAUUCCCAGCUCCACGGUUCGGACAGACGCUUCUUCUUAAAAACCGCCGAAGGAACGAACAGCCCUACCAGCCCUCCACCAAUCAACUCCUUCGGAGGUCAUUCUUCAACCACACCCCCCCAAUGCUCUAACGUCUUCUGUCCUCUCACCGCAACACUCUCUUCCACACUCCCAUCCACUCACGACUCCUGCUUUUUUCCUAGCAGAUGCGCACGAGAAUUAAAUAUCCCAACCGUCAAAAUAAGAAUCCCAUAG